AGUGGAGGGGAAGGAGAAGAGAAAGGACAGGGAAGAAAAGAAAGGGGAGGAAAAGAAAAGAAAAUGACAAAUGGAAAAAAAUAGGAGGAGGAGAAGGAAAAGAAAAAGUUAAAAGAAUCGAUAAAGGAGGAAAAAAUUAGGGCAAAUCAAUAAGUAGAGUAAAAAAAGUAAAGGUAUAUAGGGUAAAACUAUCCCCUUGUAAAUUUAUGAUAGAAGAUAAUAGAUAAUCCAUCACCUUGAGAGUAGAAAUUGAAUAAGCAUAAUAAUUCUUUGGCUUUACAUAUUUACUGAUUGUAUUUUUCUUAUCGUCAGGAGCAAGAGAAGAUCCUGUUUUACUACCCCAAGACAGCCGACCUCGACACACAGGUGCGGCAGGUGGGGCUCGCCGAGGCCAUGACGCGCUUCUCAAGCACAUUCAGGAAGGACGGGGACUGUGAGGCCGUCCACACGCAGAAGACGAGACAAGUGUUCCUGCAGCCCGAGCCCAACAUAUGGAUGGUGUUGACAGUGAGUAUCGGGUGGGUGUCGCGCAUGAGGGAGUCCGGGCCAGUGCGUGAGUACCAGAGUGAGGGUGUGCAAGACGUGGUGCUGCGGGCCUGUCUCUCUGCCCUCUACCGCUCCUUGGCCCUCAGACACCACUCCUUCGCCCAGCUCCACACCUCCAAGGGCAUCCCGGGACUCAAGGACACGCUGGACAACUUCCUGACAUCGUACAUGUCCUCGGUGGAGCUGGGCGUGGGGGACAUCCUGGCGGUAUGGUCCGGCGUGUCCUUCCUGCCGCUGGACCGCCAGACCUUCCUCAGGAUACACUGCUGCCUCUCCCUGCUGCAGGCCACCUUCCCCGCCAUCACCCACACAGCCUUCUUCUACAACCACCACGUAGUAUGGUGUGGGAUGGCCAUGGAGGACCUGCGCUCCCUCUCCCAGUACCUCACCACCCAGCUGCUGCCCGCCUCCCGCCACCACACCACCACCAACGCUCACCACCACCACCACCAGCAGCCAGCCUCAUCAUCAUCGUCAACAUCUCCCACGUCUUAUCUGUCCAGGUUCAUGGGGUCGGCGGGUGUCACACCAAGCCUCCGAGUCCACGUGACAGACAAUAAGGGGGAGCAGAAGCCACACCACCUGCUGCUUUAUUCUCUCGCCGGCAUCACCGUCUGCAUUACCUUCGAUGAAUCAGAAACCCUCACACCAAACCUUUACGAGAAGAUCGACAGACUACUUGAGCCUAAGAUCUCACAGCUGGCGAGCGACAUCGGUGAGCAGGCCAGCAGGAAGGCGGGCAGUGGGGGAGGAGGAGGAGGAGCAGCAGAAGGAGGAGGAGGGGGCGGUGGUGGUGGAGGAGGAAGUAGUAGUGGUACGUUCCGCUAUGUGUACCACAACCACAUGAACCUAGCCACCAAGAGCACUGUUCACGCCCCACACCAGCCACUCCCCGCCGAGGUGAUGAGGACCAUCGCCGACAUGCACUGCGACAUGAAGAAGUGCCGCAGUGGGGAGUUGGUGGUCAAGACUGCGCAGGACCACUGGGUCGUUGGCCGCUGCGGGGAUGGACGAGAGUUCUACGUGGUCCUCAACCACAAGAAUGCAAACUUGGUGGAGGUGACGGAUGAAGUGAGUCGGAUGUGUGCAAGUCACUUCAGCAACAUAUUUAUGAUAGAGUAACAACACCACCACCACCACCACCACAGCGACUCCGGAAGUGGUGGUGAAUGGUGAUGAUUUGGUGUUGGGUGAGGAGGCUUCAUGUGUGUGUGUGGGGAGGGGGGGUGGGCUCAAGAGAAGUAGGGAGAGGAGGAGGAGGAGAGAAGGGGAAUAUUCAAACAGGAGAAGAAAUGUGUGUGUGUGUGUGUGUGUGUGUGUGUAGAAUAAUGGAAAAAGGAAUAUUACAGUGUCUCUAUAGGAAAUGCAUAAUAAAGAAAAAAAGAGAAAAGAAAAGAAAGUUGGAAUAAUAUAAAAAAAUAGAGAAAUCCAAAGUAUAUCCAUCCAAAAGUAACUAAUAAAAUAAUAAUAAUAAUAAUUAAUACAAGCAAAAAAAUAUGUAAGUCCAUUUUAACCUGGUAGCUGCAGGGACCAUGUUUCUAAAAGGCCCCUCUAAGCGAGAAAAAUGAGAAAAUAUCAUCACUCACGCAAACCAUUUCAUAAUAUAUAUCAACGCAUUUGUGAUCAGUUUAUGUAUCAUCCAUUUUGGGGGGGUUAUAUCAUGGCAAAAAUUUGGACCAUCGCUGGUACACGGUAAAGCCACAAAUUUGGGCCAUCACUGGUACACGGUAAAGCCACAAAUUUGGGCCAUCACUGGUACACGGUAAAGCCACAAAUUUGGGCCAUCGCUGGUACACGGUAAAGCCACAAAUUUGGGCCAUCGCUGGUACACGGUAAAGCCACAAAUUUGGGCCAUCACUGGUACACAGUAAAGCCACAAAUUUGGGCCAUCACUGGUACACGGUAAAGCCACAAAUUUGGGCCAUCACUGGUACACAGUAAAGCCACAAAUUUGGGCCAUCACUGGUACACGGUAAAGCCACAAAUUUGGGCCGUCGCUGCUUUCGGGUUAAUCUGAAUUCCACUUGAGAAAAAAAAGUUAUAUAAUUAUAUGCAAAGAAAAAGAAGGCAAUUAGAUUCUUCCAAGACAACAGUGAAUCCUUGAAGGCAUGAAUUUGAAGUCCCAGAAAAAAUAAUGUUAGAAAUUUUUGGAGUGAAAGAAAAUUGUAAAAAAUAAAAGACGGUGGAAUA